AUGCGGUGGCGGCUGCCUGGCGCCCGGUCGACUCUCCCCGCCAGCGUCGCCCUUCUCCUCCUCCCCGUCCUCGUCGCUCCGCAGCAGCAACGACUCGACGAUGACCAUCUCCGACCGGCGGGCGUCUCUUUGUCUGCCGCCGCGGGUCACCACCACACAGCCAUUCCACACCUUGAUGAUGCCUCGUGGAUCCAUGUGAAGUCCACCGAUGCGAGCGCCCUGGCUCCUCUGGCUCUGGCGGGCUCCGGCCGCGCCGUUCGAGCCGCUCCUGCCCAGGUCAGCAGCAGCAGCCGGAGCAGCAGCAGCAACAGCAACUCUGCCUCGGCCUCUGCCGGCCUGGCACCGCAGCUCCAAGCGCGGUCUCUGCAGGACUGGGAGGUCGAGGACUUUGUCCUGCUGGCGACCGUCGACGGCUCCAUCCACGCCCGCGACCGCAAGACCGGCGCUGCCCGCUGGGCCCUCGAGGUCCCCAGCAGCCCCAUGGUCGAGAGCCUCUACCACCGCGCCAACCGCUCCUCCUUUGACGACUCCCAGCCCGAGGAUGACUUUCUGUGGAUCGUCGAGCCCAGUCAGGAUGGGAGCCUCUACCUCUACAGCCCCGGUCCCAACGCCGGCCUGCAGAAGCUGGGGCUGACCGUCAAGGACCUGGUCGACGAGACCCCCUAUUCCGGCUCCGAUCCCGCCGUCACAUACACGGCCCGCAAGGAGACCACCCUCUACACCGUCGAUGCCCGCACCGGCAAUAUCCUGCGCGUCUUCAGCUCGCGCGGGCCCCUCCAGGCCAACACCCACGACCCGGCCUCCUCCUGCCGGCGGGUCGACAGUCUGGGGCGCGAGGCCGACGAAUGUGAACGCUCCGCCGGCACCUUGGUCCUCGGCCGUGUCGAGUAUGCCGUUGCCAUCCAGCACACCGAGACCGGCGCCCCGAUCUGCACCCUGAAAUACUCCGAAUGGACGGCCAACAAUCGGGACCUCGAUCUGCAGAGCCAGUACGACCGCACCAUGGACCAGAGCCAUAUCUACAGCAUGCACGACGGCGUCGUCCUCGGCUUCGACCACUCGCGCAUGGAUCGCCCGCGUUACACCCAACGCUUCUCCUCCCCCGUCGUCCGUGUCUUCGACAUCGCCCGCCCCGUCAAUCCCGACUCCCCCGACUCCCCCACCCCGCUGGUGCUGCUCUCGCAGCCCCUGCAGCCGCCCGACCCGGACUACGGCUCCCUCGACGACGAGCGCGACUCCCGCGUCUUCAUCGACACCACCGAGGCGGGCGGCUGGUACGCCAUGUCCGAGGAGACCUAUCCGCUCGUCACCGGCCGCGCCAAGACGGCCCAGUGCUACGAGAAGGACUUCUUCCGUGACGGCCACCUGCUGACGAGUCUCACCCUGCAUCAGCAGCGAGAUGCCCUGGCUGGCGUUCACUCGCUCAAUGGACCCCCCGCCGUGCGUCGCAACAUCCCCAGCAUCUCCGCGCCGACCACCGCCCCAGACUUGGUCGGCGGAGCCUCGCCGCGCGAGGUGCUUCGUAGCCCCUCGGAGUUGGCCCUGCCGCCCGCUCUGCGAAGCAGCGUCAUCAUCCGCAAGGGCUGGGACAAUGCCCUCGACAUCGUCGUCACCCUCAUCCUGCUCUUCUUCGGCGCCCUCAUCUACUUCAACAAACACAAUCUCCAAGAGUUGGCCAAGCAAAAGCUCGACAUGAAAAAUGUCAUCUCUUCCUACAGCCAGGCACACAUGUCUGCUCCCUCCUCGCCCAUCGUCGACACUUCACCGGACAUCAAACGGACCUCCAGUCCCGCCAAUCCGGUGCCCAAUGUCACCGUAGACGUGGACCUGCCCGAGAGUGUUGACAAUGAAUUCGCCGAGGAUGCUCAGCAAGACGCUGCUGGCAAUCUGACCCCUCGGCGGCCGAAUCGAGACCGCAGCGUGGCUUCUGCUGCUCCUGACGCGACUCCACGCGUCCGCAUCCGCGAGCCAUCCCGUGGACCGAACGACGACGACGACGACGAGCUGGACGACUUCACCCUGCAGGGCGGGGAGAAGCCGAAGAAGAAGGCUCGCCGGGGCCGUCGCGGGGGUAAGGCGCACAAACGCGGCAAGAAACCCGAAGGGGACGCGACGACCGAGACGGAGCAGGCCGAUCGCGUGGUGGCACAGGUCAAUAACCUGCAACCGCUGCCCGGGCGACUGGAACCCGACGUCCAGCUGACCCGGACGGUGUCGAACGAGAUGUACGACAUGGACGGCGUGCUGCAGAUCGGCCGCCUGCAGGUCAACACGGACGUUGUGCUGGGCCACGGCAGCCACGGCACGGUCGUGUACCGGGGGUCGUUUGACGGCCGGGCGGUCGCCGUCAAGCGGAUGCUGAUGGAAUUCUACGACAUUGCCUCGCACGAAGUCGGUCUGCUGCAGGAGAGCGACGACCACAACAACGUGAUCCGCUACUUUGCCCGCGAGCAAGCCGCCGGCUUCUUGUAUAUUGCCCUGGAGCUGUGUCCGGCCUCGCUGCAGGAGGUCGUCGAGCGGCCGUGGGAUUUCCCCGACCUGGUCCCCGGCGGCAACCUGGACAUGCCGGACGUUCUGCGGCAGAUUGUCAGCGGGGUGCGCUACCUGCACUCCCUCAAGAUCGUGCACCGCGAUCUGAAGCCGCAGAACAUCCUGGUCGCCCGGCCGCGCGGGCGCACGGGCAUCACGGCCUCGAUCCGGCUGCUCAUCUCGGACUUUGGCCUGUGCAAGAAGCUCGAGGACAACCAGAGCUCGUUCCGGGCGACCACGGCCCACGCGGCGGGCACGUCCGGGUGGCGUGCCCCGGAGCUGCUGGUGGACGACGACCAGCGCCCGGCCAUGAUGUCGGCGGGCCACUCGGUCGAGUCGCAGCAUACCGAGUCGUCGGAGCCGGCGGUCGUGGAUCCGCAGACGAACCGGCGCGCGACGCGGGCGAUCGACAUCUUCUCGCUCGGCUGUGUCUUCUACUACGUCCUCACGCGCGGCGGCCAUCCGUUUGACAAGAACGGCAAGUUCAUGCGCGAGGCCAACAUCGUCAAGGGCGACUUCAACCUGGACGAGCUGCAACGACUGGGCGACUACGCGUUCGAAGCAGACGAUCUGAUCCGUUCCAUGUUAUCUCUUGACCCGCGACGACGCCCCGAUGCCACCUCUGUGCUUAUCCAUCCCUUCUUCUGGUCGUCAUCCGACCGGCUCAGCUUCCUGUGCGAUGUCUCCGACCACUUUGAAUUCGAGCCGCGCGACCCGCCCUCACCGGCGCUGCUCUGUCUGGAGUCGAUCGCCGAGGACGUGAUCGGCCCGGAGAUGGAUUUCCUGAAGCUCCUCCCCAAGGAGUUCAAGGACAGCCUGGGCAAGCAGCGCAAGUACACCGGGUCCAAGAUGCUGGACCUGCUGCGCGCCCUGCGCAACAAACGCAACCACUACAACGACAUGCCGGAGCAUCUCAAGGCGCACAUCGGCGGCUUGCCGGACGGGUAUCUGAAUUUCUGGGCGGUGCGAUUCCCCAGCCUGCUCAUGAACUGCCACUGGGUGGUUUGGGAGCUGCAGUUGACGCGGAUUGAUCGAUUCAAGCGCUACUUUACCGCGGAUCAUUGA